UCCCCCAUUACUGAGCACCGUGAACGGUGAAAACGUCUGGGGGCGCAAGAAACGCUGGUUCCCCUUGCCCCAACCCAUGUCCGCUGCCGUCAGAUCGCGAGCUCUUGGCUGGGUUGUUGCAGCAGAGUCAGCCUCUGCCUCCAUCCAAUCUCUAUACCUCUCCUCUCACUGCGUCCACGCCGGCCGGAUCUCCGACCUGUACGCCCUCCACCGACGGAGAUUGGACGACCUGUGUCCUCGAUUCCCAGGUCACUUCCUCCCCACCAAGCUUCUCUCACUACAGGGCGAACUAGUCGAUCGAGGUACUCUUAGCUCGGUCGCUGCGUCCGCCGCUGUAUCGAGGUCAUCUGGUGACCCACCCGAGAUAUGGCAG